GGGGAAUCGAAUUCUGAUAUAAUCCAGGUCUUAUUUACCAACAAACUGACCCAUAGGCCUAUAAGGAGACAAGACUGAAUAAAGAGCAUCUCAUAUAUGACAUGUUUUUGCAGUUCAUGUCAUACAGUGUAAUAAUUGACAGAGUUACAAUUUAUUGUAUAUCUGAACAAUAGUUUAUGGCUUUGCAGGAUGUAUGCGGCUUGCACAACACCCCUCUGUUUCCUCAAUGGACUGCUCCACUCUCACGGUCCUUUAUGCCGGAAGAUUCCACUCAUCUGUCCGGAGGGGGGAUUCACGGAGAAGCUUUUUCUACAAGGCUGCCUGGGAGGGGCGGCUUGAGUCCUCUGGAGUUUUACAUGCCGAUAGCUGAAUACCUCACAGAGAGCCCAAUAAACUUUGGUCAAACUAGCCUCAGUUCAGCGCCAACGAAGUUACUGGAAAUAGACCAUCUUCACCCCUCACUCUCACUGCCGUCCAUCUCUCUUCCUCCACCCACACCUUGCCCCAUCUCUCCCUCCGUUCCGUUACCGUUCACUCUCUCUCACGGCACCACAACUCUCGGCUUCGCGUUCCAGGGAGGAGUGAUCGCCGCAGCCGACACGCGCUCCAGCUGCUCGGGGCUGGUGGCCUGUCCCGCGGCCCCGAAGGUCUUACCCAUCCACUCCCACCUGGUGGGCACCACCUCGGGGACAUCGGCUGACUGCGCGCUCUGGAAGCGCAUCCUGGCUCGGGAGCUCAGGCUGUACCAGCUUCGACACCACCGCAGGCUGUCAACAGGGGGCGCCGCCAAACUGCUGUCCCACAUGCUGCAUCCAUUCAAAGGCACGGAGCUGUGCGUCGCAGCCACACUGUGUGGAUGGGAUGGGGACGACGAAAAACGCGAGCACCUGUUUACUGAGAAACAUGCAAAUACUCCAACCAAUCAAAUGACAGCCAGCGAUUCAAGCAGCCAAUCAGAAACAAGUGUUCCCUCAGCGCCUCAAUGUGGAAAUACUCCAACCAAUCAAAUGACAGCCAGCGUUUCAAGCAGCCAAUCAGCUGCAAGUGUUGCCUCAGCGCCUCAACCAUUGAUAGCUGCUAAUGCUCAACAAGUCGUCAGAAGUCGUUCGAGAAUAUGCGGCCCGCGGGUUAUUUAUGUGUGCAGUGAUGGGCUGCGCCUGCAGGGGGAGCUGUUCUCUGUGGGCUCGGGGUCCCCCUAUGCGUACUCAAUCCUGGACAGCAGUGUUUACUGGGGAAUGAGCGUCCAGGAGGCCACUGCCGUCGCCAGGGAGGCCGUGUUCCGCGCCACCUACAGAGACGCGUACUCCGGCAAUAAUGUGGAUCUCUACCACGUGACCGCCAAAGGGUGGAGGCGCAGAGAGAGGGAAAACCUGAAAGAGGAGUAUUACAGGGAGAGAGAGAGGGAGAGAGAGAGGGAGAGAGAGAGGCUGGCGGAGAGGAAUGCUGAAAAGAAAGCAAUUUUGAGGUCAGAUGACGGAGAAAUAGUUUGAGGAGGAACACAGGAGGCGGACUUUGGAAAUAUAUUGAU